CAUCUGCUUUUUGCUCAUGCGUAAAAUCCCCGAUUACCGAUGAGAAAAGUGUGCUCGAGUCGCUCCUCAUCGAAUAUAUGAGAGCGAUACCGAAAGACUUUGUCUUCGCCGUCUCUUCACGCAUUUUGGGAGAAACGAAGUGCCUGGCACCGGUUGAACGACGCGUCUUCCCCACGGCCCGCUGACUAGCUUAGUGCCGCUAGUCAGAAGGCACGGGUGGGCAUGCAGAAGGCGAGGACAAGAGCGAGGCUGCCAUCGAGCCGCACCCCUUUGGUGGCAAGCAGCAGCGACAAAUUCGCUUGCGCACAUUUGAUGCCUUAGACUCCUUCCAGAAGGGUCUCUGAUCCUUGAGGAAAGAGUGUCAGAGCGCUAUGCACAUAUAAAAUCAGAUCUUGCGCUCGUAUAGCAAUGGUUCCCCACCACCUUGUCGAUACCAACCCAAGUCAAUAUGCGGUCAUUUUUGCUUGCGACGUUGGCUACGCUCGUCGCUUCCCGAACGUUUGAAGCUCCCGACUUUAACGUCACUGAGGCUCUACUUGAUCAAGGUGUCAAUAUCUCAGCAUUGCCAGAGCUAGCUGGUCUUGUGGAGCGGUCUUCGGAUUUGGCUUGCAACAUCGCUUGUUCUUCACUCGAAGUUCUUUACGGCAACAAGUCUGUCGAGUUUCAAAAUGAGGCUGGCUACACUGCAUUCACAUCCGGGUUCUGGUCUGGGAUCUCGGCCGAUGUGAGGCCAUACUGUAUCUUCAAACCCUCAAGCCCUGCUGAGGUUUCUGUGAUGGUACUUCUAUCUCGGCUUUCACAAUGUCCGUUUGCCGUCAAGUCUGGCGGUCAUAGUGCGUUUGCUGGCGCAGCUACCAUUGAAGGUGGUAUCACCGUAUCAUUCGAGAACAUGAAGGGCAUCAAACUUUCCGGAGACAAGAAGACUGUCGCGGUACAGCCAGGAAACAAUUGGGGUAACGUGCUGACUGCUUUGUCGACCACUGGUGUCACAGUCGUGGCUGGUCGAAUCGGUGAUCUCGGUGUUGGUGGUCUUACCCUUGGUGGAGGCAUCUCGUUCAUCACUAACGAGUAUGGUCUGGCAUGUGAUAACGUUGCCAGUUUCGAUGUCGUCACAGCGAGCGGCAUUAUAGUCACAGCAAGCCCUAAGACCUUCCCAGACCUGUACUGGUCUCUCCGUGGUGGAGGAAACAAUCUCGGCAUAGUGACCAACUUCAACCUGUGGACAAAACCACUCAACAACGACCAAAUCUGGGGCGGAACUCGCACUUUCACCGAGGACGUCUUCCCAGAUGUAGUCAAAGCAUGGAUCGACCUCACACUUGACUCAGCCCAAGACCCCAAGGCUGGCAGCUGGAUCGCCUGGAUAAAUGCCGGCGCAAAAGUUGCUUCGACCGAGCUCUGGUAUGGCGCACCAGCUGGUAACGAGUCUGCCAUUCUGGCGCCUUUUUACAACAUCACUGCCAUAUCAGACAGCACAAAGACUCGUGGCCAUGCCUCUUACGUAGUGGACAACGAAGCCAGCAAUACAUAUGGACAGCGUGAGAUCUUCUACGACAUUACAGUCAAAGCCUCGUACGAGAUCGCUCAGCGCUCCGUGGACAUCUUCUUCGAUUCAAUCGACGCUCUGUCAGCAGUAGAAGGCGCAUUCCCCGUGCUUAUCUGGCAGCACAUCACGGAUGGUUCGCUCAAAGGCAGUACCCGUAACGGUGGCAACGCAUUGGGAUUUGAUGCCAACGGUAGCCCUAUUCAUAUUAUCCAGCUAGCAUGCUCGUGGAACAAUGCUGCGGAUGAUGAAACCGUAUACAAGGUCAUGUCCGAUAUCAUGAAGGCUAUCAAGAGCGAUGCGGUAAAGUUGGGUGUGCAGAAUGAUUGGGUGUACAUGAACUAUGCAGCGAUGUUCCAAGAUGUUAUUGCGAGCUACGGAUUGGCUAGUAAGAGUAAGUUGAAGACUGUCGCGAAGAGGUAUGAUCCGACGCAGGUUUUCCAGAAGCUGCAACCUGGGUACUUCAAGUUGGAUCGCGCUGCGGUUCCUGAUGCAAGGUACUUUUCAUAU